UGUGGCCAUUGCUUGGGUUCUCAGUGAUGCCUACACAAUGGAAGAGUCCUACAAUGAUUUAUCCAACGAGGUGCUCGAUGACCCCGAGGGAGGUUGUCGUGAUGGAGGUGGCGGCGGCGGCGGCUCCAACUGCCAAAUCAAUAUGUCUGGUGUUGGCAAGCAGAAAACCUCCAACAUAGCACAGAAAGCCGCACAGGAGGCUAAAGAUGCCUCUGAUUCGCAGAUUUUGGCCGCUGAGGAUGCUGCACGACAUGUGAAACAACAAUUGGCCGAUAAGGCCCUGGCUGCAGCCAACGCCGCAGAGGCUGCUCUUGCAGGGAAACAGCAAAUCGUCGAACAGCUGGAAUCAGAGGUACAUGAGGGUGAGCUGGUCGUCCAGGAAGAGGGCGCCGCGCUUCAGACCACUCAGAGCACUGCAGCAGCUGCAGCCCAGGCCGCGGAUAUGGCUGGUAUCCAAGUCAAAACAGUCUCCGAAGCCGUGAAGAAUGCCCAAGCCAAUGUGGCCAACUCGGAAGUGGUGUCCAAUGGCGCUCAGCAGGAGCUCUCCGAGAAGCAGCAGCUCGUGGAGGCCGCUAAGAAGCGCGUGGAGCUGCUAAUCAAGCAACUUGAAUGCGCUAAGAAUGACUUCAAGAAAACCAAGAAGCUGGCUGAGAAGGCGGCCUGUGCUGCACAGGAGGCAAGACAACGGGCCUCGCGGGAGCGUCGCCGAGUGGAGCUGCGCGACAAGUUGAUGCAACGCUAUAGACGCUGCCACUAAGAUUGACAAUUAUUUGCGUUUAUUUUUUAAUAAAU